AGUCAGCAGUGUUUGUAAUUCAAUAUAGGCCAUUCCCCACAAGGGGGCGCUGUAUAAAUGUGCAGCCACCGCAAGCGGAUCUGCAAUCCUGCGGGUAAUAUUAAUUCAUAUUCUACAACUCACGACGCUUUUGUAAAGUAUAACAAAACGUUUUACUUCUUGAUUAAUCGAUCAAGAUUUGAAAGAGAAUCUCAUCUUGAUUCACGUUUCAUAACGUCCGAAUUUGAAAUCUAUAUAUCAAACAAGAAAAUGGGAAAUGGGAUGGAUACCUUAGGAGAUGUCAAUGAAAUUGACCCCGAAAAGCUACAAUCAGCAUUUGCGGAGUUUCAAAACUUAAUGGAGGGUAGUCGUUCAAAUAGCAAUCCGACUAGUGGAUUACAAAGUGUACGGCCUAAUCUUCAACUACCAAAGCUGAAAUUAAAUGAAGAUGAUGUACAAAAGAAAUUGACAGAAGGUAUUAGCUCCAUUAAUCGCAUAGAUCCACUCGAAGAUGCUACACCUCUAAUGCUAUGUGCACUUAAUCACCAAAAGGAACUUGUUAUAAAGCUUUUGGAAGGGGGAGCCAAUGUAAAUAUAAAAAAUAAAAAAGACCAAACAGCUCUCACCAUGGCAUGCAUUGCAGGGGAUGAGCAUAUAGCAAAUACGCUUGCAGAAAAAACUUCAGACAUUGAUGUUGGUAUGCUUGAUGGUAAUACUAAUCUUCUAAUAGCAAUAAUGGGGGGAAAUUCAAAUAUUGUACUUGAUCUGAUACGUCGAGGAGCCGACAUUAAUGUUAAAAAUUACCAAGGUCAUAACGCUAUUAUGAUGGCAUCUCAUAAUGAACAAACAUAUAUUGUUAAACUAUUGAUAGAGAAAGGUGCUGAUGUCGAUUCGAGAAACUUGAGACACUGGACUCCUCUCAUGAUAUGCUCUCAGUUUAAUCACACCGAUACAGCCAAACUACUCAUUCAACAUGGGGCAGAUGUGAACGCUACGCAGAUUUCUGGUGGGACAGCUCUAGAGAUUGCCGCUACGCAUGGACAUGUGAAACUAAUAAAACUGCUUGUCAAAAAUGGAGCAAUGAUUGACCAUGUAAAUAAAAUAGGUCAUACUGCAUUACUUAUUGCAAUAGCUAAAGACCAAACAGAUGCUGCUAAAAAACUAAUAAAACUGAAAGCUAACGUAAACAUUCCGGAUAAACAUGGCCGAACACCACUGUUUGUAAGCUCCUUAGGAGGCAACCAUAGCAUCAUAAAAGCUCUUCUGAAUAAAGGAGUCGAUGUAAAUAUUAAAGAUAAUUCCGGAAUCACACCAUUAAUGUGUGCUUGUCAAAACGGUCAUUGUAACAUUGCUGAAGAACUAUUGAAUUUCGGGGCAGAGGCACUAGCAGAGACAAAAAACUACGGCAGUGCUUUAUUUUAUGCAGUAUUGCAAAAUCAUGAAAACGUUGUUAAGUUACUCUUAAACAGGAUAGAAAACACGAAGCAAUUACUAAAUAAGAAAAUUAAUGAGGGUAGCUUGAGCAUUUUACAUUUAGCUGCCCGGCAAGGAAAUGGCAAUAUUGUAAAAGAACUCCUCGAGAAAGGAGCUGAUGUUAAUUUUUGCGACGAGAUGGGAAACAAGCCAAUUUGUUUAGCAACCAAUACCAAUGUUGUAAAACAACUAUUAGAAGCUGGCGCUUCAGUGAAUGUUAUCAACGUAGAUGGACUAACGCCACUUUUACUUGCUGCUCACACAAACAAAGAGGAGGAUGCUGUAAGGUUGUUGAUAGACAAAACGGAGGACAUUAAUGUGGUCGAAACAAAAGGAUGGAAUGCACUGAUGCUUGCAGCUCAAUUUGGUAACAUCAAGAUUUGCACUUUACUUAAGGAGUUUGGAGUUCGUUAUAAUACACGUUCAAGAGAAGGAGUUACCGCUCUGCAUAUAGCUGCUGGGCAUGGACAUUAUAAUGUAGUGAAAUUGUUAAUUGAAGCUGGAGCAGAUGUGAACGCACGAGAUACAGACGGUAAGACACCUUUAAUAAAUGCGGCUUUCAAAGGUGACGCUUCAAUAGUUAGAUUAUUGCUGUCAAACAUGGCCAAUAUCGACAUCGUUGACGUAAACGGCGCAGGUGCAUUGGGUUUUGGAAUAUCUUCUGGAAAUGAAGAAACUGUUGAUGUGCUGUUGCGAAAAGGCGCUAAUGUAAAUCAAACAGACAAGUACGGUAACACGCCCAUUAUGCUGGCCAAUAAAAAACGAAAACCUAAUAUUAUUCGCGCGCUAAUUAGAAAAGGUGCUGAUGGAAAAAUUGUCGACAAGAAAAAAAGAACACUUUUGAUGAUGGCAGCUAAGCGAGGAGAUGCAAACAUCCUCAGAGUCCUCAUCGAGUCUAAUGUUAAUGUAAAUCGUUGUGACGAGAAUGGUUGGACAGCAUUAUUGUAUUGCGGUAAACUCGGAAAUACAGAAUGUAUAAAAGUUUUAUUGCAAAAUGAAGCUAAAAUUGAUAUUACAGACGGUGAUGGAAACACAGUACUUCAUACGUGUGCUUCAAACGGCCAUUACGGUGCCGUCAGUUUGCUGUUAGAAUAUGAGCCCAAUAUUGCAGCAUUAAACGGGGAAGGAUAUACUCCCUUGAUGUUAUGUGCCCAAAAUGGACACACAGAUUUAGUUCAUCUUCUCCUUUGUCAUAAAAUAAAAUCUACUUUAGAUUUGAAAGAUUUUGAACUCGGAAACACAGCGCUGAUCAUGGCUGCAGAAAAAGGACAUUUAUAUACAGUGAAAUGUCUUCUAGAAGCUGGAGCUUCUGUUGAUGAAAAAAACAAACAUCACUCUACAGCGCUAAACGUCAGUGCUAAAAGUGGGCAUUUGAAUAUUGUAGAAGCACUGUUGAAAAAAAAUGCAGAUAUUAAUUUGUCGGAUUUGGAUGGAAACACUCCAUUGAUCUCAUGUGCUUACACUGGUAAAGCUGAUAUCGUUGAAACCCUUAUAACAAAAGGGGCUGACAUACAUAAAAAAAAUUUAAAUGGUCACUCAGCGUUAGUUGUCAGUGCAAAGGAAGGUCAUCAUGACAUUGUAAAGAUACUUUUGGAAAUAGGAAAACACCGUAAAGAAGAACUAAAUGAAGCUAUACCUAUGGCCAGUCAAUUCAGCGAUAUUCUGCAACUGAUUAAAGAAUUUAGCAACGCAAAGGAUUUGAAUAUAGAGAAAGAUAGCAAACUUUAUGGGAAAAAGGACAAAGGGCAAGCUGAAACAGAGAAUCUGAACUAACCGGAUGAUAAUUGCCAGGGCAACAAUCAAGUCUCUAAUCAAGAAACAAUUUACCUUUUAAAAUUUAGGAAUACAAACUUCAUAGAAACAAACAGGAAUCUAGAAUUUUGGUACUAGUUUUAAUUAAGUAUUAACUUCAAUGUGUU